CUGAGACGCAAGGGUUGAUGCUUUUGUUCCUGUUACGCGAGCUGGAAAGGGCAGCGGCCUGCCCUGGCCCUGUGUCGGUCAAAUGAUAGGGCAAAAGCAGGAUUAAACAGAUCCUUUUCUCCUGCUCAUCUCAUCUAGUGCCCGGCCUGGAUCACUUCCCCGCGGGAGUUCUAAGCCCCGACUCACUAUAACCUAAAGCCAGUCUCUGCCAGUCGCUGGGCUUCUGUUUUCCUGUGUAUCAGCUGAGCGGUUCAAUUCAGAUUCUGAGAACUUCCUGUCUAGGAGCCAUGUCCACCUUGUUCCCCUCACUCUUCCCCCGUGUGACUGAAACACUGUGGUUUAAUCUGGAUCGACCCUGUGUGGAGGAGACAGAGCUGCAGCAGCAGGAACAGCAGCAUCAGGCGUGGCUCCAAAGCAUCGCAGAGAAAGACAACAACCUGGUACCUAUUGGCAAGCCAGCCUCAGAGCACUAUGAUGACGAGGAAGAGGAGGAUGAUGAAGACGAUGAGGAUAGUGAAGAGGACUCAGAGGAUGAUGAGGACAUGCAGGACAUGGAUGAGAUGAAUGACUACAACGAGUCACCUGAUGAUGGAGAGGUUAAUGAGGUGGACAUGGAAGGCAACGAACAGGAUCAGGACCAGUGGAUGAUCUAGGUAGACAAAGCAGGGUGGCCUCAGGGAGAUUCCAGGCCAGCCCAAGCUACCCUGCACCCCCAUCCCCUUGCCCCACAGAACCAGCUGAUGGCCCUAGUGAGUGAAAGCUCACCCUUAGGCACCUCCUCAGCUGCUGACAGGACUUGGUCUCCUUGGUCCCUCCCAGGCCGUCAAUCUGCUCUUGAAUCCCCAGGGCCUGAACCCACCACCCCACCUUCCUGGCCGGUACUUCACCCCUUGGUUGCCCGGUCUGGUCUCUUUCUAAACCUAUACAAUAAAGACACAGGAUUGAUUUUUUUCCCCC